UGUACUGACUAAUGUGUACUUUAUACUCAGGAAAAAUACAUCAUCUGUCAGAGUUCAGGAUUGUGCUGCUGGGAUACAGAGGAGCUGGGAAGAGUUCAUCAGGAAACACCAUCCUGGGCAGAGAGGAGUUUGGUACUGUAGGGAGAACAGCUCAGUGUGUGAAGAGACAGGGACAAGUAGCAGGGAGGCAAGUCACUGUGGUGGAGGCUCCAGGAUGGUGGAGGAAUCAUCAUUCAGAGGAAACUCCUGAACUGAUUAAAAAUGAGAUUGAGCUCAGUGUGUCUCUGUGUCCUCCUGGACCCCACGCCCUGCUACUGGUCGUAGAUUUGGAUGAACCAUUCACAGAGACAUAUACAAGAUCAGUGCAGAAACACCUGGAGCUUCUCAGUGAGAGAGUGUGGAGUCACACUAUAGUGCUGUUCACCCGUGGAGACUGGCUGGGAGACACAUCCAUUGAGCAGCAUAUAGAGAGUGAAGGAGAGAGUCUGCAGUGGCUGGUAGAGAAAUGUGGGAACAGAUAUCAUGUCCUCAACAAUCAGAAGAGAGAAGAUCACAUGCAGGUUACACAGCUGAUGGAGAAGAUAGAAGAGAUGAUAAGAGAAAUAUUGGAGGAGAAGAGGAGGAGAGAUGAAGAGAGAGUGAAAGAGAGGAUGAUGAAGGUGAAGAUAGAUAGAGAGUCUCUCAGAUCACUGAUGGGUGAUUCUCUUCAUCUGUCAGAGUUGAGGAUUGUGCUGCUGGGAUACAGAACAGCUGGGAAGAGUUCAUCAGGAAACACCAUCCUGGGCAGAGAGGAGUUUGAUACUGUAGGGAGAACAGCUCAGUGUGUGAAGAGACAGGGACAAGUAGCAGGGAGGCAGGUCACUGUGGUGGAGGCUCCAGGAUGGUGGAAGAAUUAUCAGUUAGAGGAAACUCCUGAACUGACUAAAAAUGAGAUUGAGCUCAGUGUGUCUCUCUGUCCUCCUGGACCCCACGCUCUGCUGCUAGUCAUACGUGUGGAUGAACCAUUCACAGAGACAGCGAAGAGUUCCCUACAUGAACACCUGGAGCUCCUCAGUGAGAGAGUGUGGAGUCACACUAUAGUGCUGUUCACCUGGGGAGACUGGCUGGGAGACACACCGAUUGAGCAGCACAUUGAGAGUGAAGGAGAGAGUCUGCAGUGGCUGGUAGAGAAAUGUGGGAACAGAUAUCAUGUCCUCAACAAUGAGAAGAGAGAAGAUCACAUGCAGGUUACACAGCUGAUGGAGAAGAUAGAAGAGAUGGUGGCAGGAAACAGGGGACGUCAUUAUGAGAUGGAG